CCAGCAUUAGUUCGCUUCAGCUCACCUGGCCGGUUGAACGUCAAGUUCUCAGCGUUUUAAAUGUAGAGCAAAAAAAAAGAAAAAAAUAAAAUUAGCGAAAAUUAAACAAAAACAAUUUAGUUGAAUUAGUAUCCAAUAUUUUUAAUAUAUUCUUUGCAAGCAAAGAUAGUUAAUAAUCUGUGUGUGUUUUAAGUAAUAAUUAAAAAAAUAAUAAAAAUAAAAAAUUUAAUAAAAAAAAUUGUGUAAAAUUAAAUUAAGUAAAAUUAAUUUAUUACCAAAGUCGUAAUUUAAUAAAAAUCAAAUUUUUAUUGCCAAAUAAAAUAGUGUUAGAAUUUACCAACAAUCAAUUAAAUCUAAUUAUACACAUUUUAAAAACGACCAAACGCUCUAAAACCAAAAGCAGCUGUUUAACAAAUAAUAAAAAAAGCGUCGAGAGGCCACCAAAGGGACUACAUUUUAUAAAAUAACAAAAUUUGUAAAAGAAAACUAGAAGCGUUUAAGAAAUAAGAGAUUUACAAAAUGAGUGACAAAUUUUAUGGUAUCUUUCAAGCCGACGAUGCGACCUACUCCAACUACAACACCGUGCUACAACAGCAGCAACAACAACAACUAAAUCAACUCAAUCAAUCACUACUGCAGCCCGGUCUAAAUACAAAGGCUGCCGAGUUAACCACCUACUAUGGCACCACAGCCCCCAACACCAAUAGCAUAACUGCCGGCUCAGCUGUUGCUGUGUCGAACGCUUUCGACACCGUCAACGCACAAAGCCGACUUAUUGGACCAAACUUGCAAUACUUCGGCGGACCGAAUAACCAAACCAACCAAAAUCAACAACAACAGCAAUUACUCUACAAUAGCAGUCUGAUGUCACAGCCGAAUGCGUUAACGGAAAGUGGUGCUUACAACAUACCGACCAGCGCCUUAACGCUGAACGGUUCGAUCGGUGUUGGACCCAACUAUAGCUGUGCAGCCGCCGGUAUGUCGUACAGUUUUAAUCGUAACCGUUACAUGCCUUACAGUCGCACUACAAAUACCACCGGCACAACACCAUAUCCACCGAAUAGCGCACUGACGCUGCCACCGCAUAUGCCCAGACCUUUAAGUACGCUACCGCUCACCACAGCCAUAAAUACGGUCACACAGCAAAUGUAUGCCUCGUAUCAGCAACUAUCAAAUAUUUAUCGGAGCUACUCUAAUUUACUUGGCGCACCCCAACUUGCAAACACAGCGGUGACAUCGGCGCUAAGUGUAGGCGCCACAACAAAUGGACCAAAAGAGAGCGUCACGGAUAAGAACAAUAACAUAAUAACCGAUAGUAAUAGACGUGCCGCUGUCACAUUAGCAAAUGGUGGUGCAAGUGUGACUUGUAAUCCAGUACGACGUUGUGUCAGUGCUGCUGUUGGUGGCACGACGGAUGGAAUGGUCGUUGCGUCCAACGAGGGCAGUGCUAAUGUAACGGCAGCAAGUAGAAGUUUUGAUGUAUGCUAUGGCAGCACUAGCCAAUCCAUAACACUACAAAUCACCAAUCUGGAUUAUACAAUGGAGGAAGCGAGUUUACGCAAUUUCCUAAUGGGACAAUUGAAACCGAUAACACCCGUUUUGUCGUUGGUCUUCGAAGGCAAUUCCUAUGCCAAAGUCACUGUACCCGAUAUGUUUUUUGCUAAGCAAGUCGUUUCGAAUUUACAUCGCAAGAAAAUUGGUCAUAAACGCAUGCUAGUCUCGUACACGCGUGACUCGUCACAGACGGAGAUCAACACACUGCGUUGUCAAGUAGCUGGUCUUCUUAAGGACGUGCCCUAUUACACGCUACCGAUGUACAAGUUCCGUGAACUUUUUCAAGCGCGUUUCAAGACGUCAAUCAGCGUAUUGGAUCUCUACAAAAUGCCCGACAUCUGCACGAUCAGUGUCGAUAAUAGUGAAGAGAAAUUUAUAAGUCUACAAACUAGUGUCAUAAAUUCGCUGGAGAACUCACCACUAAUGGAAGGACUACAACAUAGUGUACCCUAUUGUACGGUGCACUUCAAACGCGAACAGCAUAAAGGCUGGGCUGAGCAAGAUAUCGAACCAUUACCGAAUGUCUGGAUGACAAUAUCGGAAAUACAAAGGAUUAUCUAUCCACUACUGAAAAAUCAUCCUGGUGACAUACCGGUUGCAUCGCUGGUACAUUGCAUUACCGGACAAAUGAAUACCGAUAUCACACCCAACGAUAACGGUGUCAAUUUGGAACACUUGGUAUGUUGUGUGCAGGGCAUACAGAUACAGGUCAAUAAUUUUGGCAUCAAAAUACUCGGUUGGCUGGAGGUGGACAAGGAGAGUUACGCCAGUUAUGCGGCACCACUUAAUGCAAGCAUUGGCGCCACCAGCGCCACGUCAUCAAUGGAACGCAGUUUGUAUGCCAAGUCUGCGUGUAGCGCCAGCGAUCCCUUAUAUCAAAUCUCGCGUGAGGUUAUCGAGUUGGUGAAGAUGUCACCAAAGUCUACAAUGAAAUUUAACCGUUUUAUACCAGCCUAUCAUAAUCACUUCGGCAAACAGUGUCGCGUCGCUGACUAUGGUUACACCAAGCUGAUUGAACUGUUCGAAGCGCUGGCCUCUGUCGUGCAGAUCAUCGGCGAUGGCGAGAACCGACAGAUCACCUUAACACAUCGCACGCAAUUACGACGCUUCACCUCCGAUCUACUGCGUAUACUGCGCGCACAUGGCAACAAAUCCGUGCUGCUCUCACAGUUACCGACGAUCUUCGCACAAACUCAGAAUCGCAGUUUUGAUGUGACCGAUUAUGGUGUGUGUGAUAUACGCGAUAUCUUAGAUGGUCUGGCCAAUUCGAAUGUUGUGGUGAUGUCACGUGUACAAAACUGUGAUGAUAUGCUCAUCUCGAUGCCGAAACGUAAACAAACCAAUACCGAACUGGAGAAGACCAUAUUAUUUGCUGGCGAAAUGGUCGAACUCUUUCGCAAUGCACCACAAUACACUAUACUUUUUCAGAAAUUCGUACGCUCCUAUCACUAUCACUUCGCCUAUCAGUGCCGCCUGAGCGACUAUGGUUUUCUCAAGUUAGCGGAUCUUAUGGAGGCCAUACAGGGUGUUGUCGAAAUGGAGCAAACAAAUGAUGAGGAUAAAAAGAUAUACUUAACGGCGAAAGUGGCACGUCGCGUCUUUGCCGAACAGUGUGAGGAGCUCGUACACAAUGUAACGGGCAACGCACAGACUUGCAUGAAGUUAGAAGAAAUGUUGCAGUUGCAUAAAAAGAAAUAUGGCUAUCAAAUUCAACCGCAAACUUUAGGUGUGAGCAGCAUCUCCGAAGGUGUCGAGUUGAUGCCUUACAUAGAGUUGAUUGAGAAGGAGAAAGUUUUAUGGAUCAUAUGUCAUCGUGAGGACACUGCAUUCCGUAGUCAAUGUUACCGCGCUUGUAAGCUGAUCUUGGUACACGAGUCGAAUUUGCAUGCGAGCCUCAAUGAAUCGAGUUCAAGUGAUACAAAAGAAAAUCAAUGCAAAAAUAUGGCGCUGAGCACUUUGAUAGAGGAGUUCAAUAAGAAAUAUGAAGAGAAAUUGAAUGAGAGUACGGUUAGGGCGAUGAAACAUCUAAUCGAGAUCUUUAAGGAGGAGGACGUAGAUUACGUGCGCAGCACAUCGUUUCUGAAAUUCCUACUAAGCAUUAUACGCGUGGUGGAGAAAAGAACUACUGUUUUGUUAAUCGAGAUCAAGAGUUCUUUGCACUGCAAUAUUACGACCACAUUCGAGUUCGGCUUUCCGAAUCUUUUCUCGAUUAUAUCUGCAUUUAACGACAUCUUUGUGAUCAAUAUGGGACUGACACAAGAACGCAGCGAAAUCUCAUUGCAACCGAAUUGCGAGCUGAAUUCAAGCUCAUCCCUGAAUCGCUCCGGUCUUUUCGGCUCAGGUAAGUCGCAGGCGAGCAAACAAAAAGCGCCACGCUCCUCACGUCUACCGCUCAGCGAGAAUAACAACAGUCGCAGCUAUAGUCUACAAGGGCCGCCGACAAAAACGCGUGCGCUCUCGAACGCCAACGAGAAUAAUAAUUACCAGACGGCACCAAAUUACAAAGGUAAAGUGCCGAGCAGCGCCAUCUUUCAGCCAGCGUCGAAAACACAACGUAGCACCGCAACAAAACCGAAAUCACAACCGCUGCAACAGCACACACAAUCACAACAACAGCAACAACAAGUGUUACAAGCUCAACAACAAAUGCAAAAUAUUGGUUAUGAGUCCAAAAAUUUGUCGGCGGUCGGUACGCAUAUGAGCUACAAUGGCAAUACCUCGAUCUAUUCGGUCGCCUCACACAACUCAAGUCUGAAUACAUCUGGUUCGAUUUCGGCGCACAGUAAUGAUAACUUAUCCUUCGGCGCGCUAAAUAGUGCGUUGAAUUCGUCGAAUUUGUCUUUAUCCGAUUUGAAUGUGAGCCAGACGCAAUUGCCCAUGCAGGCGGCCACUACAACUUCGUCUCAGGCACAAAUGAGCGGCACUACAAAACUUUGGGAUCGUCGACAUGCCGCCGCUAUAGCUUCGGCGGCAGCCGCCUCGAUGUCCUACCAACAGCAGGCAAUGAUGAGUGAGAAUGUGUCGGGUCUGCCGUCGCUUAUAAUGUCCACAGCGGAAAGCGACGCUAUGAAUGGCAAUCGGCAGCAUCAUCAGCAACUACAACAACAGCAAAAUUUCCAAACUGUUAUGGAACAAUCGAUGGCAGCAGUUCAGCCUAAAAUCAAACAGGAUUCGGUGUCUUACAUCGAUCAGACUAAUUUGCAUAUGUAUCCGAUGUUCGAGCCACCAAAGCCAGAUACACCGCCGUCCAAUAAUAUGCCUUUCUGGAUCGACCCAAUUUGGUCACACAACACUGCCGACAGUGAGGCAGGACAGACAGCUUUGCUCAACAUAAGAUUACCGGAAUUGAAGUCAUUCAAUGUAUUACCGAUGGUAUUAUCACCUUAUACGCUUUCAAAAGCCGAGAAUAUGAAACAAAAAGUAUUCAAUUUCGAAAAUCAUGAUAGAAAAAUCGCUUAAAAUAGCGGCGCAAAUUAAUUACAUACAAAUCAUCUACCCAGUUGUUACUCAUUAGAGUGGAAGAAUGGUCUUUAAAUUGUGUACGUCCUUAGAGCAAAAGAAAAACAAAAACAAAAAUAUUUAUAUUAAGUCUUUUAUUUAAUUAUUAGUAAUUUUUAAUAAUCAAAAAUUGUAAUGUUACCACGACAUUGAAUUGAAUUGUUCGUAUGUGUAACAAGCGAUUGCGAAAUAUUGUUAUUGUAAUACCUCACAAAUGUUUGGUAGGGUUCAAGAGAGAAGAAAACUUAAAUAUUUUAACCACAUUCAAUUCGUUGUAACUCUGAUUAUUAUUACGAUUUUUUUUUAAUUAAGCCAAAAUAUUUAAAUAUCAAUUUUAAAUAUUGUAUUUAUUGUAGUAAUGCAACAACAAAUGUGUCCUAAAAUAUAUUUUGUAAGUGAUUUAAAUAAAUAAAAUCGAAUGAUUGUAAA